CCUCCUCCAUCUCCUCUCCCUUCUCUUCGAUCUCCCCCUCUCUUCUCUCUCUCUCUCCGGCCGGCCAUCAGUUCCAGCGACUGCGGCCUUCGUUCGUCCCCGCAGUCAGCCGCCGCCGCCGCCGCCGCCGCCGGUUUCUUUCCGAAUUGCGAUGUGUGUGUUCUGUGCUGUGGAUCGAGGGCAGCUGGGUGCCCUGCUUUCUCGACUCUGUUUCUCUUUGCACUGAUUGAGUGAAUGAGUCGAGAAUCACGUCGUGAUGAAGUGCCUGCUACCUGCUUGGUUGCCCCUUCUGCCUUCCUCUCCUCACUGACAAGGGCCGGCCUCUGUUAUCUUAAACUCUGUUCCAUCUGAAUUUCUGAACCUUCAAACUCUGUUCCACGACCAUAAUCUUUUCUUUUCCAGGCAUCCCACAACCAAGCAAAGCAAGAUGGGCGGUUUCGUGGAUCCCUUCGUCCCGGAAUCUGCUUGGCCACAGGACACCAUGUUCAUCGGCUCAUCCUGGCCAGCAGCAGGCCCUGCAGGGACGUACCUGGGAGGAGCAGGAGCUGCUGCACCAGAUCAGCUUCACCUCCAGAACGUCUCCUCCUCCUCCACAGGAGCGCUCUUGAACGGCAGCGCCAAGGAGAUCGUGUCGCUGUCGCCGGUGGAGGAGCUGCACGAGCAGUUCCUGAGCGCGCACCUGCCGCUGCCGGCGGACGACGUGGCGCCGCAGGGCCUCAACUUUGAAGUGGACUCGGUGGUUCUGAGCACGCCCUGCGCAAUAUCGCUCGCCGACAGCGCACCUGUGGUGUGCUGCAGCUCCAACGACAGCAGCGGGAGCGAGCAGUCCGGCCUGCCGCCGUUCCUCCUCCUCGGGGUCGGGGAGCAGCAGCCGGCGUGGGCGCCUUCCACGUUCCCGCGGAUUUCGUCCUUGGUUGGGGAAGAAACCUCGCAGAGCUGCUUCGGUUUCAGCAACCAUCUCCUGCGUGAGGCCUCCUGUGCCGCUGAUGCCAAGAAGUAUCCACAGCUAGGCGAUCUGCCCUCUGCACCGCUGCAGCUACAUGAUGAUGUCGAGUUCGACACUGGGAAGAUGCUGUCUUUCACUCCGGGUCUUGGACAGCAACUGAAUGCUAGUACAAACUUUGGCGAUCUGCAGCUCAGUCAAAAGGAAUUCAGCGGUCUGCAUCACCUGAACCUCUCUGGGCAGCAGCUCCCGUCGUUUAAUGCAACAGGAGCGACGCAUAAUCCUGAACAGUCUAGCGAAGUCAGCAGUGGCAAAAUUGGACUGAAUGCGCCGCCGUUCAUGAAUCGACAAGAGGUGGCAAAUGGCAAUGGGGCUGCUGGGAGUGGAGCUCCUAAGCCGCGCGUCAGAGCUCGCCGUGGCCAGGCAACUGAUCCGCACAGCAUUGCAGAGAGGCUCCGAAGGGAGAAGAUCUCUGACAGGAUGAAGAAUUUGCAGGAGCUCGUUCCAAACUCCAACAGGACUGACAAGGCAUCCAUGCUUGAGGAGAUCAUCGAAUACGUCAAAUUUCUCCAGUUGCAAGUCAAGGUUCUUAGCAUGAGCAGGCUGGGCGCGACGGAAGCCGUCGUCCCGCUCCUGACGGAGUCUCAGACCGAGAGCUCCGGCGGUCUUCUCCUGUCCCCGAGGUCAGGCUCAUCAGGCAGGCAGCGGGCAGGCGGAGGCAGCCUGCCGUCGUCUGAGGCCCGGGACGGCGCGGCGUUCGAGCAGGAGGUGGCGCAGCUGAUGGAGAACAACAUGACGACGGCGAUGCAGUACCUGCAGAGCAAGGGCCUGUGCCUCAUGCCCAUCGCGCUGGCGUCGGCGAUCUCGGAUCAGAAGGGGUCCUCCUCCGCCGCGGUCCAGCCGGAAAAUGGCGGCGCCAAGGAAAUGCUGCGCGCCGUGAAGCCCCUGGGAAGCCCGAUCCAAGGGAGAUGAAAUGGAGCCCUUGGGGGGCGGCUCAUCGGUGCAGUGCAGUCCCCGGCAUCAAAGCCAUCUCGAGUUUAGAUUCCCCAAGUCCUAAGUUCCUAACAGCUUGCGCCUUGUUUUUGCAUGAUCCUUUGGCAACUUGUAGCCAUGAAAUGAAACCUGGACCUAGCUUACAUGUGUUCCAUCGCAAGAACGUAUAUGAUUAUUUCUCCUCCUAA